GUAUUCCUGGUUGACACACUCUCUGUUCGACUCAGGACUCGCAAGUUGCAGCACCAGAUUGGGAUCCACUGGCGUCUCUGGACUGGGGAUAAGCGGGGAACUGCCAUGAACUAAGCUUUUAGUCGUACGAGGUCAACGUCUCAGCGAUUCCCGUUAGUGAUCGAAGCAAUCAGCCAUGAUGGUCUGGUGUGUGAUGUAGGCAAUCUGAAUGCUUCCAACGCCUAACAUCCCCAGAAUACUAUGCUAUAAAAUCUCCGAAUCAUCUCGGUAUUUACGCUGUUCCAUGGUUAGGGCAAGGGCAAGGGCAGAUGAAAGUCAGUGACUUGGAAAGGAGCGGAUCUGCCGGAAGCGGCAAUAAUUAUACGAACCGGGAUUUCACCGGCGUGAUUGGACAGGAACCCGGAUUCUUUCCAGGGUUCCUUCUCCAUUCCCCAUUUUUUGUUCUAUUUUCUUUGCAUCUUUUCCUCUCUUCUGGCAGAAGUUGCGAGACGACCACAGAGCUGACUAAUACGGUAAGGCUGAAUCUUGCAGGUUCUCGCGCUAGUCCCAAACAGGAAGAGCUUGCGAGCGGAACCGUCGGCAUCGGAGAUAGUUAACCGUGGCGGAGUAUUAUUAUAUAAUCUACCUAGUUCUUACUCUGUACUCAAGUACAAACUUCUCCCUUUUCGCUGCUCCCACUUUCGCUUCACUUUUCUCGUUUCUGGUUGUCUCUGCCUUCUGCCGUUCUCUUUUCUAGAAAGUGCCCAUUCUUUCUCCAUCGAAUACCGCGUUGAUUCCGUUGUCCGCAGCCGAAAAAAUUCUACUAUUGCACCCCCCAACAACCGUCUUGGCAUGAUAUAUCGGGCUAUAGCCAUAUUGACAGCGUAUAUUCUAUAUUCUUACAUAUUGGUUAAUCAGCUUGACUUCUAAAUUAUCGCUUGCUCAUUGCUUCUUUUCUUUCCCAACUCCAACGUCGCAAAAAUGUCUUUACCCCCGGGAUUCAAUCCAAACGACCCGGAACAGGUCUCCCAGCUGCAGAUAGAUCUCUCGAACAGCUGCUAUCCUCUUAUUCCCGGCAUAGGUAACUCCUACGGCUAUCGGCCGUCUCUGGCAGCCGGAAUCGUCUUCUUGGUUCUCUUUGGUCUGUCAAUGAUUGCCCAUGCGGUGCAAUCGGUUUGGAAAAGGACCUGGUGGUCCAUGGUUUUCACCGUUGGAUGUAUCACCGAAAUAUUAGGCUGGGCUGGUCGCGUUUGGUCUUAUAAGUGCCCGUAUAACAUGAACGCUUUCUUAAUGCAGAUCACCACCCUCAUUAUCGCUCCCACGUUCUUCACAGCAGGCAUCUACGUCAUCCUAGGAAACUACAUCAAGCUUCUAGGCCGCAACUGCUCCAUCCUAACACCAAAUCUCUACCUCUGGAUCUUCUGCACUUGCGAUGUCGCCUCCCUCGUCAUCCAAGCCAUUGGAGGCGGUAUGGCAGCUACCGAAGCAGACAAAGUAGACGGCAACACCAAACCAGGCACAGACAUCAUGGUCGCCGGAAUCGUCUUUCAACUCUUCUCCAUCUCCGUCUUCGUCGCCUGUGCUGCAGAUUUCAUCCGUCGCUCCCUCCGUCGUGGUCUUCUUCAGACCCUCGGUAAAGGCCGCGGUCCUACUUUAUUAUUCGCUGCUAUGAUCUUUUCCAUCCUAUGCGUCUAUGUCCGUUGUAUCUAUCGGACCAUCGAGCUGGCGCAGGGUUGGUCUGGUUUCCUGAUCACCCACGAGAGGUUUUUUAUUGCCAUGGAUGGUGCUAUGAUGGCUCCUGCUGUGGGUGUCUUUAAUUUUUUCCAUCCUGGGUGGCUGUUACCCAGUAGUCUUCCCGAGUCAUCGGAUUUCGAUCAUGAAGAUUCGGGCCUUGGGUCUUCGGAUGGGAUUCACGGGGAUGAAUAUGAUGAUAAGCGUCCUCAGUCGGAGUUUUAG